ACCAAUCAAACGAGGGGACCCCUGGCCCAGUCGGCCAAUCGUGCCAGAGAAGGGGGUAUAAAUACUAAAGUUGUCACCUGUCAGAGCUGGGCUACCCCUUCAUUUGGUGGACAGGAUCUGAUCCCGGGAUCUGUUACUUCUUUCUUUUCUCCUAAGCAGACGGAGCGAGAACCGCAAUCAUGGCGAAGAACCACCAUAACGACUACAAAAUGAAGUUCUCCACGGAGGCAGAGUUCCCUGAUCUCUCCAAACACAACAACCACAUGGCCAAGGUGCUGACCAAGGACAUCUACGGCAAGCUGAGGGGCAAGUCCACCCCCAGCGGCUUCACCCUGGAUGACAUCAUCCAGACCGGUGUUGACAACCCUGGUCACCCCUUCAUCAUGACCGUGGGCUGCGUUGCCGGUGAUGAGGAGUCCUACGAGGUCUUCAAGGACCUGCUGGACCCAGUCAUCUCCGACCGUCACGGUGGAUACAAACCCACCGACAAGCACAAGACCGACCUGAACUUCGAGAACCUGAAGGGUGGUGACGACCUGGACCCCAACUACGUGCUGUCCAGCCGUGUGCGUACCGGCCGCAGCAUCAAGGGAUUCACCCUGCCCCCCCACAACAGCCGCGGCGAGCGCAGAGGCAUCGAGAAGUUGUCCAUCGAGGCCCUGGCCAGCCUGGAAGGCGAGUUCAAGGGAAAGUACUACCCCCUGACCGGCAUGACCGAUGCCGAGCAGGACCUGCUCAUCGCUGACCACUUCCUGUUUGACAAGCCCGUGUCCCCCCUGCUGACCUGCGCCGGCAUGGCCCGUGACUGGCCCGACGGCAGAGGCAUCUGGCACAACGACCAGAAGUCCUUCUUGGUCUGGGUGAAUGAGGAGGAUCAUCUGCGUGUCAUCUCCAUGCAGAAGGGAGGCAACAUGAAGGAGGUUUUCAGACGCUUCUGCGUUGGUCUGCAGAAGAUUGAGGAGAUCUUCAAGAAGCACAACCACGGCUUCAUGUGGAACGAGCAUCUGGGCUACAUCCUGACCUGCCCCUCCAACCUGGGAACCGGCCUGCGCGGCGGCGUGCACGUCAAGCUGCCCAAGCUCAGCACACACGCCAAGUUCGAGGAGAUCCUGCACAGGCUGCGUCUGCAGAAGCGUGGCACAGGUGGCGUGGACACGGCCUCCGUGGGCGGCGUGUUCGACAUCUCCAACGCUGACCGUCUGGGCUCCUCCGAGGUGUCCCAGGUGCAGCUGGUGGUGGACGGCGUGAAGCUGAUGGUGGAGAUGGAGAAGAAGCUGGAGAAGGGAGAGGCCAUCGACGGCAUGAUCCCCGCCCAGAAGUAAAGUGGACAGCCGACCCACGACUGGAUGAAUGUCUGACAUGUAGCCUUGUUGUAAAGUUGUCUUACUGGUUUCGACCUGGCGGCUACUUUCUACUUCUUUUUGUCAAAUGGCACUACUUUUUUCCGGCUCUUUCCUUUCUUACCUCCGUUUACCUUUUUUUUUUGCUUUUGGUUCCUCUAACUUUCACCAUCUUCUCUGUAACAUCCUGGGAUCAAUCCAUGCAUAGUCUGGUCGUGGCUAUGUGAAAACACCGAAGGAUUUUUUUUUUGUUGUUAUAAAAUAUAACUGGACUAUUAAACAAAGCCCCAUGUAACAAA